AUGGCGGCGGAGGGCGAGCCCCUGCGCUCCUCGAGGAAGCGAUCCACAGCGCUGUACUGGAGUGAGAAUUCAGCCCUGCGCCCACGUGGGGUGCGCGGCCACCACGCCCACGCCCCUCGGACCGCCCCGGCCCCGCCCCCAGCCUUCUUCUCCCAAGCCCCUUCCCCAGUGCCUAAUCCUCUCUGCCACGCCCCUGUCCCGCCCACUUUCCCCUCACCUAAAUUCCUCACGUCCGCCGGCCCAGCCUUAGCCUCACGCGCACAGAGCUCUCCCCUUUCUUCCCCGUUCCUCCUUCCUCGAGGUCUCUUGCGCGUCCCUGUAAUCCCAAACCCCAUUCCGCCUUCAUUUCCCUCCCCUUCCCAGAGCCUUGGCCUCUUGCCCCCAACCCCCAAAUCCUUCCCAUCCCUUCUCCUCCAAGCCUCCCUCCAGCCCAGCCCGCCUUUUCCCGGAACCCCUCUCCCUGGCCCAGCCCAUGCCACGCCCCCUCGUGCCUGGUUCCCGCCCUCCCCGACUCCAGCGGGUUCGCCGUACUGCCUACCUCCCACCCUCGGAAAGCCUGUGUGUCGCCCAGCUUGGAGCCUAGGACCUAGGACUGAAGGUGAAAGUCCCAGAGAGCUUUCCUUCGGACCCAGCAGGGUCCCACUGGGGCGAGAACGCGACUCCUCGGGCACCUUGCCUGCAGCGCUGAGGACCAGUGCCCUUGGGCAUUCGGCACCCAAGUCUGUGUUCCUGGGACACCAUUGCUCACAUUUGGCUCGAGAGUAAGCUGUCUUGUUCCCGUGUGGAGAGCCCUGUUUUUGCACUCACAGUCAACGGUGGAUCCCGUCAUGGACUCAAUGGAGAAAGCAUCUAGGGAACCGAAAAGAUCUAGCUGGUGUGUCUUUCCCCUCCACAGGGGUUGAGCGGUUCUGCCCUGCUGUGCCCUUCCACCCUGCACUGACCAUAAGUCAAAGGCCAGGAGAGCGUGGACUGACGCCUCUGAGGCUGAGCAGAAUAAACGCUUCCUUCUUGGUUUU